ACUGUUCUAUGUUCUUACAAAAACAAUAGCAUUUGGUGUUUCAUUCCUGCAUUCCCAGAUAAUAGGUGUAUGGCUAUGUGGAUGAUUAGAAAUUUCUCAUGUCUGGUAGAAGCUUGUACAGGCCUGCCUGGAGAUCAGCAAGAACAGGAAAAUGACUCUGAAGCAACACCAUUCCCUGUUAGUUAUACUUGAUACAUGCCAACCAAAAUAAACAAAUCAUUUCUACACCUAAAUCCAAUGUGUUUUUAUUAGCAAAUCUAAUGAUGAUGGCUGCUUGCUACCUACUGCUAGUAUGGACGGCAUCCUUUUUUCUGGCUUCUGGAUUUGCAAAUGAUGACAUAUGUGACUACAGUAACAGGAAUCUCACCGCUAUCCCGCUUGAUUUACCCCUUAAUACUACAAAGCUAAUUUUGAGCUACAACAAAAUUGAUAUAUAUCCCAACAGCACUGGUGUUCUUAAUAAAUAUACCAAUUUGUCUGAACUCUAUCUUAACCACAACAACAUCUCAGAUUUACCUGGGCACAUGUUUCAUAAACUCUCCAAACUGAAAGUACUUAAUAUUGCAAACAAUAUCAUUAGCAGAAUUGAGCCAAAAGCUUUCGAAGGCCUGGGCAGCUUGCAAGACCUUGACCUCUGCCACAACCAAAUAAACUACUUACAUCCAGAGGUUUUUGCAAACUUAUCCAGCCUAAAGAAUUUGACACUGCGUGGGAACAAACUCCGAACCCUUAAAGAAGGAACAUUAAACCUCUUUCGUCUUACAAGCAUAAACUUACAGGACAAUCCCUGGAACUGUACCUGUAAACUACUGUCACUGCAAAAAAGGGUUAAGGACACAAAUGUAACACUAGCAAACUACAACAAAACUACAUGUGAAAGCCCAACUGAACUUAAAGGCCAGUGUAUCCUGACAGUGCUGAUCAAUGGCACUCAGUGCUCUGCUGGGUCUACCACAACAAAAGCACCGCAAUUCUUAACUAUACAAUCAAAAGGUAGCAUCGCUAGAGACAGCUCAUCUGUUACCAAUGAAACCAAGACAAAAGAACAAGAUUCCCAACCUAUUGGGAGCAGCUGGCAUUUUCUACUGGGAGUGAUAGUGGCUGCCCUGAGCACAGCCACGCUCAUUGUCUGCGCUGUGAAAUGUCCAACAUGGUAUAAGAUGUUUUUCAGCUACCAGCACCAGCAGCUACAGGAAGAAGAUCUAGAUACCUUAGAAAACAUGGGCAAAUUCACAGACGAUGAAGAUGGGUUUAUUGAGGACAGAUAUAUUGAUUCAGUGGAAUGUAAUGAUAACAGAGAGAACUGAAUGGUACUUGAUAAUCCCAUGCAACAGGAAAGACACGUGAGGUUCUUGAUAAGUAAAGACGUAAAUGUUUUUAUUCGUUCCUGACGCCCAGUCUAGAAAUGGCCUGCAACUUGGAGAAUCACAUAAUUGUACAACCUUAGCCUCUGUGUUUUAGAAUAACAUCCCUGUUUAAAGCCCUGCACAAAGAUACUGUGGCACAGAUACAUAAAGCAGCAGAAAGAUUAUAGUAUGUAGUUACCUGGCUUGUUAAACACGUAGACAAUGAAAGCUAUGUAAGUCAACGCACCACAAAAUACUUAAAUUUGAUUAUUUAUAAUAAAAUGUGUACAUUUUAAAUAUCAAAAUUAAUAACACACUCAUUUAAUAUUUACUCUGGCAGUUCCAAGAUUUCAUUUAUUUGUAUUUUGAAUAUUUAAUGUAUUGUAGAAACAUCAAUUUCGUGCAAUGACAAAUUAAAUGUGGUGGUGUUAUAAUAAACUUUAUAUACAAGCACAGAAACUUAAGCCAUGUACCUGCCUUGGAUUUCUUUUUCACAAACAGAUAUUAAAUUGUAAGUCUUUAGACAGCCAUUUUCUGCCAGAAUUGUCAUGGUUAAAUUACUGUCUUUAUUACUUUCCAAGUCUAAAGAGGCUGCAAAAGCAGGAAAACUUAUAACACAUCUCAUGGGGGAUGCUAUGUGUCUUUUUAAUGCAAUUAAUCUAAAGAUACCAGAUGUCAAUCUAGAAAUCAGUGUAAUUUUAACUCUACUGAUAUCAUGUACUGCAUAAAUUCAGACAGUGUUGUUUUUAGUAUGCAAGGUAAUAGUGCUUCAGUACUUACUCACGUCUCUCUGUAAAAAUGACAUCCAUGCUUUUGGCUUCUCUAUCAUUUUGUGCUCUCAGCUGAAAAAAGAAAAUUGGUCGAACAAACUUAAUUCAUUUUUUUUUUUCUAAAUUGUUAUUGUUUGUAUCCUGCUCAAAUAAAAUCUAAACAUUAA